AUGGCAAAAUAUUAUGAAAGCGCUACCAUCUAUAACUAUUCCUGGGAUCAAGUAACGCAGGGCUUUUGGAACCGGUACCCAAAUCCGUACAGCUCGCACGUACUCUCGGAGGAUACGGUCUGCCGGGAGAUACGGAAUGGUAAGCUGCACAGCAAACGGCUCCUAACCAAGACGAACCACGUACCGAAAUGGGGCGAACGAUUCUUCAAAGCUAAGUCGGUGAACAUCGUGGAGGAAUCGGUGGUAGACCCAAAGGAAAGGACACUCGUGACGUACACCAGAAACAUUGGCUUUAACAAAAUAAUGAGCGUGGUAGAAAAGGUCGUGUACAAAUCGCUCCCGGAUCAGCCCGGCAAAACCAUCGCGAUCCGAUCGGCCUGGAUCGAUUCGUCCGUGUACGGGUUCGGUACCGCCAUACGUGCGUUCGGGUUGGAGCGGUUCAAGAAAAAUUGCGCCAAAACGGUAAACGGUUUUAACUACGUCCUGCAGCAUAUGUUCCCAAACAAUCCGGUCGCACUAGUGGCGGUCGCAGCCGCCAACAAAGACUACCAGGGUUCAAAGGCACAGAAGCUGCGCGAAGCGGCAAAGCACGCGUCCGACCACGUGAAGGCACAGGCCGAACAUCUGGUACAGAACCUAUCCGUCAAGGGCUAG